UGGCGGCGGCGGUGGUGGCGGCAGUGGACAGGGCGGCUGGGCGUGGAACAGUCGGAGCAGCCUCUGGCAGAAGGAUGACCCAAGACAGGAAGCGGGCUGCUGAGCCUCGCCGGCUCCCGUGCUUGUAACUGCCCCAGCCGGACACCCCCCCCUUGACCUACCCGUCCUUCAGUGAAUCAACAGACCUAUUUUCUCAGGAGCUCAGCCUGGCCCUACUUCAGUGAUAAAGGAGGAAAGGAAUAAAUUCUGCGAACUUUUUUCCUCAAAGAAAAGAUCGCUUCUUGCAAGAACCUUAAACCAAUUUCCCAGAAGAUGAGCUUUACAACCUCUGGGUAUAGGUUCAACCUCAUGGCUCUCCUUUUCUGAGAAGAGGUUCUCAGAGCUAGGCUGGCUGCAGUAAACGUCAUUCAAGAUGUCCAGCAAAGGGAGCAGCACAGAUGGCAAAACAGACUUAGCUAAUGGAAGCCUGUCUAGCAGUCCAGAGGAGAUGUCUGGUGCUGAGGAGGGGAGGGAGACAUCCUCAGGCAUUGAAGUGGAGGCCUCAGACCUGAGCUUGAGCUUGACCGGGGAUGAUGGUGGCCCCAACCGCACCAGCACAGAAAGUCGAGGCACAGAUACAGAGAGCUCAGGUGAAGACAAGGACUCUGACAGCAUGGAGGACACUGGCCAUUACUCCAUCAAUGAUGAAAACCAAGUCCAUGACCACUCAGAGGAAGAAGAGGAGGAAGAAGAGGAGGAGGAAGAGCAUCUUCGUCAUCGCGUACAGCGCAAGCGGGCCAACCGUGACCAGGACUCAUCAGAUGAUGAGCGGGCCCUGGAGGACUGGGUGUCCUCGGAGACCUCAGUCCUGCCCCGACCUCGCUGGCAAGCCCUUCCUGCCCUUCGGGAGCGGGAGCUGGGUUCAAGUGCCCGCUUUGUGUAUGAGGCUUGUGGGGCAAGAGUCUUUGUGCAGCGUUUCCGCCUGCAGCAUGGGCUUGAGGGCCAUACUGGUUGUGUUAAUACCCUGCACUUUAACCAGCGCGGCACCUGGCUGGCCAGUGGCAGCGAUGACCUGAAAGUGGUUGUUUGGGACUGGGUGCGGCGACAGCCGGUAUUGGACUUUGAGAGCGGCCACAAAAGCAAUGUCUUCCAGGCCAAGUUCCUUCCUAACAGUGGCGAUUCCACCCUAGCCAUGUGUGCCCGUGAUGGGCAGGUUCGGGUAGCAGAGUUGUCUGCUACACAGUGCUGCAAGAAUACAAAGCGUGUGGCCCAGCACAAGGGAGCAUCCCACAAGUUGGCCCUGGAACCAGACUCUCCCUGUACGUUCCUAUCUGCAGGUGAAGAUGCAGUUGUCUUCACCAUUGACCUCAGACAAGACCGGCCAGCUUCGAAACUGGUGGUGACAAAAGAAAAGGAGAAGAAGGUGGGGCUGUAUACAAUCUAUGUGAAUCCUGCCAAUACCCACCAGUUUGCAGUGGGUGGACGAGAUCAGUUUGUAAGGAUUUAUGACCAGAGGAAAAUUGAUGAGAAUGAAAACAAUGGAGUACUCAAGAAAUUCUGCCCUCAUCACCUGGUGAACAGUGAGUCCAAAGCAAACAUCACCUGUCUUGUGUACAGCCACGACGGCACAGAGCUCCUGGCCAGUUACAAUGAUGAAGACAUUUACCUCUUCAACUCCUCUCACAGUGAUGGGGCCCAGUAUAUUAAGAGAUAUAAGGGCCACAGAAAUAACGCCACAGUGAAAGGCGUCAAUUUCUAUGGCCCCAAGAGUGAGUUUGUGGUGAGCGGUAGUGACUGCGGGCACAUCUUCCUCUGGGAGAAAUCAUCCUGCCAGAUCAUUCAGUUCAUGGAGGGGGACAAGGGAGGCGUGGUAAACUGUCUUGAGCCCCACCCUCACCUGCCUGUGCUGGCAACCAGUGGCCUAGACCAUGAUGUCAAGAUCUGGGCACCCACAGCUGAAACUUCCACUGAACUUACAGGGUUAAAGGAUGUGAUUAAGAAGAACAAGCGGGAACGGGAUGAAGAUAGCUUACACCACACCGACCUAUUUGAUAGCCACAUGCUCUGGUUCCUCAUGCAUCACCUGAGACAAAGACGCCAUCACCGGCGCUGGCGAGAACCUGGGGUUGGGGCCACAGACGCAGACUCGGAUGAGUCUCCCAGCUCCUCAGAUACAUCGGACGAGGAGGAGGGCCCUGACCGGGUGCAGUGCAUGCCAUCCUGAGGCCUCGUACCCAGGAGGGGCAGGCUGGGGCUGCCAACCCGAUCCUGCCUGGGCAGCCCUUUCCUGUCCCAGGCUCUAACAUUCAGCAGAAACGCACUUUGGACUUUUUUGCUUUAGAUUUAAAAAAAAAAAAGAAAAGAAAAAAAAGAAAAAAAAAGACAUCCCAGGAGGACAAGCCAGAGGGGAGCAAACCUACAGAGUAUCUAGAAGUGGGAAUUGAGCCCUGGAAUGGGGUUCCAUGGAGAGGUGCAUAGGACUUGGCAGAAAUGGCCUCUCCCCAAAGCCUUUUUUUGGGGGGAGGGGGGAGCCUAUUUUGUUAACUGGUUUGGGGUAGGGAACGGGGUUUCCUUUUCUUUGAUCUCCCUUGUUUCUUGGGUGGGGGGUGGGGGGAUAACUGGCUGUUCAGUACCAAGGGGCCAGACUGGGGGUGGUAGAAAUGCCACUCUCUCUUUGGUUUAGGUUUUUGACUUUAUUUCCUUUAUUUUUUAAAAUUCUAUGACAGUUGCAUUGUUUUUUCUUCCCCCUGAGCAACCCCAUCCCAGGAUCCUGUUUUUCUGGGGAGUCCUUAGAGCCCCUAACCAUCCCACACUCUUCACUUUCUUUUCCACCCCAUUCAUUCUCUGUACUUAUCACAGUGUUUUGCACUUGAUUAUGUAUGCUUCACUCUCUUCUCUUCAUCCCAUCACCCCCUCAGUAGGUCUGGUGAGGGAGGUUGGGGGCAGGUGGGAGGAGGGACAGAAAUGGAAGAAUAGGAAGGUCAUUACCUCUUCUGUUACUUAAAAAAAAAAAAAAGUUGUUUGGUGGCAGCAAUCUCCCUGUCCCUAUCACUGUUAGAGGCCUAAUUUUAUAUCUAUAAAUAUAUUAAAAAGCAAGUCAAAAUUGGAUGUAUCACGUUAAAAUUAUUGUUGAAGUUUAAAUACCUAUAUAUUCUCUAUGACUGCAAUAAAGGGACUUACAGGA